AUGUCUGCCAAUGUCGAAUCUGCCGCGACAACGGAAAUAUAUAGAAUCGCUUCCGAACCGCAGAGGUAUACCUUUCAGACGAAAGGUACUAUAAAGACAGUCGACACGACCUUUACGGACCAUACGUUUGAAACAACAAGCGAGGCACCAACAGUUGCUACGACUGUGAGCGUUCCUAAUGAGUCUAAAAGUCAUGGUAUUUUCACAUCCGUGCUUAAAAUACCUUUGCGACCUUCGAGGCAUUCCUCUGAGCAGCCAAAUGACCAGCCCUCUGUCAUUAAUGCUAAACAGAGAGAAAUCUUGAAGCGCUCUGUCAACUUAUCUGAGAAUAUACGCCCCCAGAGUUCACACUCGCCGAGGCUUGGUAAGUGGCGGGAAAAGAGACAUGAGGAGGAGAACUUGGAGGUAUAUGGCAGUUCCCAGCGUUUCGGACUUUUCAAGCUGUACGAACCCCCUGAUGGCCUACUUUCCUCCGGUUGCAAUUGCCCAGUAGACAUUGUAGCUCUUCAUGGCAUUGAUGGUACGCCUUUCAAAACAUGGACCUGGUCAGAUGUGGAAUCAAGUAAGAAGGCGCCAGACGCCUUCUGGUUACAGGAUUUUCUGCCCGAGGUUUUUCCCGGUUCUAGAAUAUACACUUUUGGAUAUAAUGCGAAGAUUUUUUUGAGUAAAGGUACUGGUAACAUUACCACUUUCGCCACGGAUUUAUUGGAAAAUCUUUUGGAUAUAAGGACAAAAAGGGAGCAACAACGGCGGCCGCUUAUCUUCAUUUGCCAUAGUAUGGGUGGACUUGUUGUGAAGAGAGCCUUGUCCAUCGCGAAUACUAAUGUCAAGCGUUUUGGCAACAUACGCGCUGCAACAUCAGAUAUCUUGUUUAUUGCCACUCCCCAUCGUGGAUCCAAAGAAGCGGCUUUUUUAGCAAAGUUGGCAGGCGUCUUCCACGGAUCCCUAACUACGACCGGUCUUUCAAGAUUUCGAGGAGGUAUUCGUGCCGAUCUCAUAAAAGACUUGAUACAGGAUGAAAAGGCAGUGAAGACAAUCACAAAAGAGUUCAUUCCCAUGACUGACGGCAGCAUCCGGUUUUACUCUUUCAUCGAGGAUCUGACUAUGGCGCCUCUAAAUACCAGGGUAGUCGAUGAUUUUAGUGGGACAAUGGGCCUCGAUUCAGAAAUUGUGAUUCAUAUGGAUGGCAAAGAUCAUCGGAGUAUUGCUCGUUUUAAGUCACGUACAUGCCCUAGUUAUGGAAAAGUCCUUGCAAAGUUGAAAGUAGCAGUUGAUGAGGCAACUCGACCCGCCAAUGAUAUUAUAAGAACUGAAGAUCUUCCAUGUCUCCAAACUCUCGCGUUCUCUACUAUGACGACUCGCAAGAUCGAGGCAGACGUAGCACAUCCCAAGACAUGCAACUGGGUACUCGAACAUCCGUCCUUCACAACCUGGCUCAACGCCUCCCAUGGUUUACUCUGGCUCAAGGGCCACCCGGGUACUGGGAAGAGCACGAUUAUGGCGUAUGUUCAUAGAUAUCUUCUCUCACAGCGGACAUCUAAAACGAUUCGUCUGGAUUUCUUUUUCACGGGUCGUGGCGAACCACUACAGAAAAUGACCCUUGGAAUGUUCAGAUCUUUACUACAUCAGAUAUAUAAGGAAUCUAGCACAGCAAGAGAACUGAUAUACGAAGCCUACAAACUCAAAAAUGACAGCCAAGACUCAAGCACUAAGCAUACCUGGCAGUGGCAGGUCGAUGAACUCAGAGCCCUAUUCACUCGCGUUGUCAAGCAAGUCGCUGCGAAGAACGAGGUCACUUUGUUCAUUGACGCUCUCGACGAAGCUAUUCUACCGACUGGAGACAAGGCCGCGAUGGAGCUCGUGAAAUACUUCUACGACCUCAACGACCUGACCUUUGAAGAAAGAGAUGGUGCCAUGAGAGGAGUACGAAUCUGUAUAUCAUGUCGUCACUACCCUGUUGUAGGAUCUCUCGGUCCUGGACUUGAGAUUCGCGUUGAGGAUGAAAAUGCACUCGAUCUUCGACGGUAUAUCCAAGACAGUUUACGUUUGGGUGUGACAGGAUGGGAUGAUGAAUCUCCCGUGAUCACGGGCGAAAUCGUGGAUGCUAUUUGCAAGAAAGCAGCGGGGGUGUUUCAAUGGGCGGUCCUUCGUGUUCCGAAGAUAAUCAAGUCGUUGAAUGAUGGAGAGCUGGAGUUUGAUGAGGUAGUUGAGGUUAUAGCUGGCGAAUCGAACGAACUAUUUUCACUCUACGACGCGAUUUUGAAAAAUGAUGUCUCUGUGACUUUGAGAGCGAGGGCAUUGCUCUUCUUAACGUGGGUAUGCCUCGCCGAAAGACCUUUAAGUCUAACGGAAAUAAGUUUUGCAUUGGCUUGUGACGACAAAACCUGGAGUCAGGAUUGCUGCGAGCUGGGCGCAAAGGGUUUUGUCAAAACAAAUAGCCAAAUGGAGAAACUCGUUAUGAGUCUGUCUGGAGGUUUGGCGGUCGUGAUGCACACCGGACCCACGAACCGUGUGCAAUUCGUGCACGAAACUGUCAACGAUUUUCUCCGCUUCUCUGGGCUGGCAUCCAUGGUUUUUAUGACCGAAGGAUUUACCUUGACGAGUGAGAAUGUGCUCGGUGCAGGUCAAACAAGACUCUCCCGGUGUUGCCUCAACUACCUGCUUAUCGACAACAUUUUGGAUGCACUUAAUGCGUGGGUAAAGUGGAAUGAGCCGAUUCCAAAAUUUCUUGAAUAUGCAACAAUCAACCUUUUUGUGCAUACUGCAAAAGCAGAGACACAUGGACAUUUCCAGAGGCCCUUGGCUCGCUUUCUUCUGAGCUCCCAGAAAACUCUUGAUCAUUGGCAUAAAACCAUGAAAAAGUUGGACGAAAUCGAAUACGGAAUAGUUCGACGUAACGCAAAACGUCAUCGCUCGGAUUUGUACGUCAAAUCCAGUGAGUUGAUACAUAUAGCUAUAGUCUAUAACGUUCAAACAGCCGUCGGCGAACUUCUUGAAUCAAAAGACCACAUAAACAAACAAGACAAAGACGGCAAGACGCCUUUGCAUCUUGCCGCAGAUAGAGGCUUUGUACACCUGACUACGCUACUCCUUUCGUUGGGAGCUACUCCGAAUCUAUUAGACAACAGGUCAGCCACGCCUCUUGAUAUUGCUAUUGGAAAGAACCAUAGCGAUCUAAUCAAGCUGUUGUUACAACAUGGCGCUGGUGUGGAAGAAGAUGGGAGGUUUGGAAAUGGAGCGCUACAAGCUGCUGCCAAUAAAGGAAAUAAUGCUGUGCUAGGAGCACUGCUAGAUGCUGGUGCUGGUAUCAACGCCUGGUCGAAGUCUGAGGGAACAGCUUUGCAGCAGGCUAGUUUCAUGGCCAGGUUGGACACGGUCAAAUAUCUCUUGGAACGUGGCGCCGACGUAAAUAUAAAAGGGGCCAGCUUUUUCGGUACUGCUUUGCAAGCUGCGAUGAUAAUCAUGGAUUUCAAGGUGAUCGAACUCUUAGUCGAAAAUGGAGCUGAUAUAAAUGCUCGCGGCGGCGAGUAUGAGACUGUGCUACAGGCGGCCGUCUCCAGUCCGGAAUGUCGAGAUAACUCUUUUCAGGUUAUCCGCUAUCUACUUAGCAAAGGAGCUGACGUUAAGGUUGAGGGCGGAGACUACGGAUCUGCUCUUCAAGCUGCUGUGAAGCAUGAUAGUGAAGAAUUGGUUGAGCUUCUUAUUUCACAUGGCGCAGACGUCAAUACCGAUGGCGGCAGAGAAGGGAGUGCCUUGCUGAUUGCUGCUGCUCGUGGUCAAAAAAGAAUGGUCGAUUUACUACUUGGCCAUGGCGCCAGGACAACAAACGCGGGAGGAGCCUCAGACAAUCUUCUUCAAGCAGCAAUUGUAAGUGGCAAUAAAGAGCUAGUAACGCACGUUCUUGGUCUGGGCAUAGAUGUCAACAUUCCGGGCGGGAUUUAUGGCAGCGCCUUACUCACAGCUAUAAUCAAAGCUCCUCAUCUCGCCUCGAUGCUUAUAGCUAAGGGCGCAAAUGUUGACCCUGUCGCUUCAGAGUUCGGAAGCCCACUCUAUGCAGCAGUACAGGCCAAGCAACACACGUUAAUAAAGCUGCUUCUAGAAUAUGGAGCAAAUCCUAAUGUUGAAUAUGACACUGCUACAGUUCAGCCUUUUGUAACUUGUCUUCAAAGAGCCGCAUACAACGACGAUAUCUCAACUAGUAGAUUACUGCUGGAUUACCGGGCAGACGUAAAUACGGGUGUAUAUGGUAUGGGGAUGAACAGUACUGCCAUGAUAGUAGCAGCACGUUAUGGGCGAAAGGAGAUAUUAAAACUGCUACUAGAGAAAGGAGGAUCAUUGAACGAGUUGGACGGAAUCUUUGGCAAAGACCAUAAUGCCCCGCUGAUUGCAGCUGCGGAAAGUGGUCACCGAGAGAUUGUCGAGUUCCUGUUAAACAGAGGAAAUCAUAUGGGAGAUGUGAAUGACGGAGUGGAAGACGUAAUGAGGAAAGUAAGGGGUGGUCGAAGAUUGGCAGCACCGCACUAUUGA